AUGGCUGGAAAGCCAGACGGAAAUGCGACCUCGUUGUCUGCAACUAUAGAGGCUUUAAGAAACGCUGCUGAGCAGAGCAUAUCUGACAUCCAAAAGCAGGCAGACGCAGCUCUGAAGGAGGCGGCAUCUCAGCUGGUAGCCGGAGGUGCCGUAAUCGCCGACUUUGUCCGGCAAGGAGUUUCUGUCACACAGCAGUAUGCAGAUCAGGGAAAGGGCUAUAUCGGCUACGGCCUAUGCCAGCUGAAAAGGGCUGAGGAUGCAGCGAUUGCCGAGAUCAAGUGCGGCCUGGAGCUUGUCCAGAGCAACCCGUACCUUUCCUACCCGCUCCUAACCACCGGGAGCCUUAUGCUUCUGCCUGUCACUCGUCGGUUCCUGUACCGAGCCACGUUGGGUCGGCUGCGCAGUCCGGACAACAUCCUGAAGGGCUGCGAAGGCAAGGUGGAGGGGCUCCGUGUCAAGAUGGCCGACUACUCCACGGAGGCCAAGAAGCUGCAGGUGUUGGCUUGGGGCCGCUGGGGCUUGGGGCGGAAAAACGAUAGGUUGGAGCGCUUGGUGGCGGCGGAAGAAGAGUACAUCCGGGGCAGGGCGAAACUCAAGGCUACUCGGCACGAGUUGACUCGGCUGGCAUCAGUGGUGGGCAAGAGCGAGCGGGCGGCUGCAAGUGUGCUCGAGGACCUGCGUAUCAUCCGGAAGCUGGACCAGGCGGUGCAGCUCCGAGCCGAGGCCGCGUCGCAAGUUGCGGACCUGCGCUCGCAGCGCAAGACGUUGCUGCAGCACGCUGAGCGCAUCGCCAAGAGGGAUAUCUAA